AUGCCCUUCACACACACCCACGUGCUCGUCACACGUCCUCUUCCAUCCUCCCCUCCUCACCUCCACUCCUCACCUCCCCUCCUCACCUCCCCUCCUCACCGCCCCUCCUCACCUCCUCUCCUCACCUCCCCUCCUCACCUCCGCUCUCACCUCCCCUCCUCACCUCCCCUCCUCACCUCCCCUCCUCACCUGCCCUCCUCACCUCCCCUCCUCACCUCCCCUCCUCACCUCCCCUCCUCACCUCCCCUCCUCACCUGCCUCUGCCAGCAGCCGUGUCACGCGCAAACGCCCAGAAACAGGCGGGGCCAUGGGCGCGUGCAUGGGUCUCCAGAGCACACCGCUGUGUGGGGGAAUGCCUUGCCUCCUGCUCUACAGCGCAGAGGCAGUGCUGCCUUGACUCAGCGCACCCCUCCCACGGCAGCGUGCCCAUCGCCGCUCCCGCCGUGUGGGAGAAGUGCGCAGCGCACUCCUCCCACGGCAGUGUGCCCAUCCCACGGCGCUGCUCUACAGCGCACUCCUCCCACGGCAGUGUGCCCAUCCCACGGCGCUGCUCUACAGCGCACCCCUCCCACGGCAGCAGCGGCAGCAGGUAGAGGUAUCGGCGCCAGCGAGCGGAGAAUUGAGGGUGGAAAGAGCGUGGGACCUGAGGAGCAGGGAGGGAGGGAAAGGGAACGGGAAGAGAGAAAGAGAGCAGAAGCUGUCGUUGCAGAGAUUUGUGGUUGGAAGGAGCGAGGGACCUGA